AAACCAUAUCCGUCUUCCAUAUUUCUCUCUGUAAAGAUCAAAGAUUCAAUUUGCUAAAAAAAUGGCUAUGCAACUAAAUGAAAGAACCCCACAAAAAAACAAAACAAAGUUUGGCACGGUGAUUUCAUCAGAUCAACAAUCACAAAUGGUCUUUGAAGACAUACUUCAAGCAGAAUUUCAAGGCGAGUUAGGCCCAACUUGCCAACUUGAAAACAAUCAAAAAAUCUGGACAGUAGAAGUCAAACUACUUGCCGACGGAUUAAAGUGCUUCGAUGAUGGAUGGCAGAAAUUUCAAACAGAUAACAACAUUAAAGUCGGAGAUGUGGUGUUUUUUCAUCUGGUUUCAUCCAAUUCUUUCCACGUGGAUAUAUAUGAUGGUGUUACGCAAUGUUUAAAAAUGAGUGAUGACGAAUGACAAAUGCAGUAUUUUGAAGAAUUGCUGAGCAGAUAAGUAAAUCUUAGAAACUAUCAUCUGUGAAACAAACAAUAUGUAUUUUUAACUGAUUAUGUUUUGAAUACUCUAUCAUUUGGAGCGGUAUCAAAUAUGAACUUUGUUAAUUCUAUUCUGAAUUAUAUUUAUGAUGCA